UACACUUCCCAGCGUGCAGCGCUGGAGCGUAAAUCUUCAAAGGCUAACAAAAGAGCAGCCGGCAAACCUGACAGGCGGAGGGCAGAGGCGGAGGAAGGAGGCGAGCCGGAGCGGGGCGCGCACCGCAGCUGGCCUCUCCGCGCCCCCCCCGCCCCGCCCUCCUCCCUGACAGCUGGGGGGCUUUUGGAGGGGGAGGAAGGGGGAGAAGGCGCCCCCCCUCCCGCCCCGGCCGCUGCAAAGGAAGCUCUGGAGGAUGGCCGGAGGGAGCCUGGCUCAGGUCAAGGCGGUCCCGGCAGGCCACUUGCGUGCCACACACCUGCCGGGGUGACGGGGACCGGGCUUUGUGGCAGAGCUACGCUUUCUAUGCAGAAGGCUCCCUCCCCGAUGGCAUCGCCAGGUGCCCGUGGCCUUUGAGGACGUGGUGGUCUAUUUCUCGCGCGAGGAGUGGGCACAGCUGGCAGAAUGGCAGAAGGAGCUAUACCAAGACGUAAUGGCAGAGAAUUACGAGCUGGUCUCCUCACUGGAAUGCCUGCUCUCUAUCCCUGAAUUGCUCUCCCGGCUGGCGCGGGGAGAGGCGCCCCACCCUGCUGCAGACCCCCCACCCUCUGCGGGAAACGCCGACUCCCCAGCUGACGUGAUCGAGACGCAGCCCCAAAAGGCGCCGGACACCCCAGUGGCCUCCAAGGGACCCGCUCCAGACUCGGCAAAGACCCCCCGCCCUCGGGCCGCCAAGAAGGGCCCCAAGAGAGGGGCGUCGCAGGCCACGCGGGGGCCCUCGGAGGCUGGCCGGGACCCUGCAGACCAGUCGAAGACCCCCAAGAGGGAGAAGCCUUUCAAGUGCCCCAAGUGCCAGCGCCGUUUCCUGGGCCGCCUGGCGCUGACCGCACACCGGCGCCUGCACGUCCGCAAGUGGCCCCGGCCGGGCCCCCAGAGCGCGGGAAGGGCCCCCCAGGCGCCGGAGCUCGCCGUGCCCCAGGAAGGCCAGCCGGGUGCCAGCCCCAGCCCUUUCCCCUGCAGCCAGGGCGAGGGCACCCUGCCCUUCUGGCCGGAGAUGGCUCUGCACCAGCAGUCUCCUCUGACGCAUGGCUUCAACCCCUGGUCGCUGGGCUACGGUCCCCAGCCCUUGCCUGGCCACCAGGCGCCCGGCCUGCCCAGCAACGGGGAGUUCAUCUGCGACCAGUGUGGCUGGAGCUUCCACGGCUGGGAGGAGCUGGUGACGCACCAGAUGGCGCACAUGGCGGCCGAGGGCAUCGCCGGCUCCGUGCCCAAAGCGGGAGCCCUGGCGCAGCUGUCGGGCGACCGCCCUUACGCCUGUGCCCAGUGCGGCAAGAGCUUCCGCCACAAGCCUAACCUGCUGGCGCAUCGGCAGGUGCACACGGGCGAGCGCCGCUACCAGUGCCAGGAGUGCGGCAAGUCCUUCGGCAGCAAGGCCUACCUGGCGUCGCACCAGCACAUCCACACCGGCGAGAAGCCCUACGUGUGCGCCCAGUGCGGCAAGAGCUUCCGCCACAAGCCCAACCUCAUCUCCCACCAGAAGAUCCACACCAGGGAGCCCCUGCCGCCCAGCCACCCGCUGGACGCCUUCGAGGGAGACGCCUUCCAGAACCCACGCACCGCGGCAGAUGCCCUCGGGCUGGACGCCUUCCGCCGGCCCUUGCCGCUGCCGCCAGUGCCACCGGUGCCAACCGAUGCCCGCCUGGCCUGCGCGCAGGGCGACACCCCUCUGCCGCCACUACCCGGCGUGCUGCCGCCCCCUCCCGCAGCAAUGGCCGAGCGCCCCUUUGUGUGCCCCGUCUGCGCCAAGCAGUUCCGCUGCAAGCCCUACCUGGUGGCGCACAUCCGCAUCCACACGGGCGAGAAGCCCUACGCCUGCAGCCGCUGCCCCAAGCGCUUCUCGCAGAAGUCCAACCUGGUGUCUCACGAGCGCCUGCACACGGGGGAGAAGCCCUACGCCUGCCCGCUCUGCCCCAGGGUCUUCAGCCAGGGCUCCAACAUGCGCGCCCACCAGAGGAGCCACAGGAACGUGGCCGCCCCGGGAGAGACGGGCGUCAGCCUCCGACAGGGGUAUGUGGUGAGGCAGAUCCAGCCGCCCCCACCGCCUCCGCCAAACUAGGCCUCUGGGGCCUGCUCCUCCAUAGCUGGGCUGGCCGCUGCCUCUUGGCCCUCCGCCCUCCCUGCCUGCCCGGGAAUCGUUCCUGCAUUGCAGCGGGGUUGGGCUGGAUGACCUCCGGGGUGUCCCAACACUCCAGAUCUACGACACAACCACGUUUUCCUGCGGCCGCGUGAACUGGGCAAAGGCUGUGGUGCCCUUCCGUCCCUUGGUGAGUCUGCAGAUUUCCCACCAGAAAGAGGUCCUCUCCUCUCGCUGCCCCCACCCUGCCUUAACUUCGGAAUUUCGCUUUGGCAAACUUUGCCCCGUCCUGAGAAAUGAAACAAGGCAGGAAGGACCCCAGACUUUCUUUUCUGGAAGGAGAGUCGCCAUGGGUCUGGCCUCCUGGGAGUAUUUUCCUGCUGUCCUGGAGAGGCUGCUGAGGACGUGUUUGGCGACUCCGUCUUCUUUCUGACGGAGAAGGGAGCACGUGGCUUAAAAGGGAGCAGGGGUCCCCAGGUGGGGCGCAGGAUUUGCAGCCUCAGUCCCCGAUAUCUCCACUGAAAUGGAUCUGACUCUGGGGAGGGGGCGGCUCUCGGCUCUGGUCCUGUGGGCUGAGUUCGAAUUGGGGGGCUUCCUUUGCUCGGUGUCUCCAGCAGCGGCAGCAAGCCGACUGAGAUCGAGAGCGGAAGACUUGGGAACGUUAGAAGAUAAGAGAAGCCUACUGGAUCAGGCCAACUUCCCAUCUAGCACAGCAUCCCCUUCUCACAGCGGCUGACCAGAGCAAGCAGGUCCAGAGGGCAGCAACUCCCUCCAAUUGUUGUCCCCCAUUACAGUGGUACCUCGGGUUACAGACGCUUCAGGUUACAGACUCCGCUAA